UGCCCGUGCCGUGAGGUUGUUGACGUUUAGCCGGACAAGUUAAUUUCACCAACGAAAGCUGUAAUCAAACGCUUGAUGCUGUAACGAUUAAAGAACACAAUUGAGAAAUGCCGAUCCCAUCGAGCCAAGAAGUUCGUCCUGGCUUGUUUCUCAUCCACUUCACUGAAAAUGACAUUGAAAAGGGGGAACAGACUGUUUACCUCAGGAAAUGUGAUUAUUAUCCUUACACAUUGAUUUUUGAAUGCCUUGAAGGUUCACAAAAACCUGUCAUGCUUUCAUUAAUCAAAUGCCAGUCCAACAAGAUGAAAACCUUGCCAGUGGGCAGCAAAUAUUCAGAUUUGGCCAGAGCUAACCAGGGAAGCAAAUAUGAGGAUGACCAACCUGAGUUUGUUUGGAUUAUGCACCAUGAAGGACACAGACCAACACACCUGAAACUGCAAUGUAACAACGAUGACGUAGCAAACACAAAACGAACGUGGGGGCCCGUCAAAUGUCCACUCGACAAAACAUUCGACCUAUGGCUGGAUUUUGGAACGCAGACUCUUGGAGAGAAGACAAUCUUAAACCAAUGGGCGACAUUACUCAUCCAGCAGGACUUUACCGAUGUCGAAUUCAACGUUCAAGGAGAACUAAUGGGGGCUCACUCGCCAAUCAUCACGGCCAGCAGCUCCGUGUUGGCGUCUUUGCUUCGCGGCCGUCCGACGAAAGGCAACAAAAAAACCGGCAAAGUUGUUCACAUUGCUGACGUUGAACCGCAAGUGUUCCAACAAGUUCUCCAUUAUGUAUACACGGGUAGAAUCCCGCUAAUCGAAGAGGACGGCAUGGCGGAACGAUUAUUCAAAGUAGCAGAUAAGUACGGUUUGGAAUCCUUGAAAGAAGAAUGCACGAGGUUCGUUUUUGCUGACCUCGACGAGCACAACGUCGUCGACACUCUUAUCUGGUCAUACAAGAACUCGUUGUUCAGCCUCUACGACAGUGCGCUUAACUUUGCUGUCCAAAACCACGCUUCUGUGAGCUCGCAACCUGAUUGGCAGAAUUUGAUUGACAAUCAUCCCCAGAUCUGUUUGCGAGUGUCGCAACUGUUGAAUCCUCUCGUGUCAAAUACUUCAGCUAAAGAAACUAGAGGCACCUAAUGAUGAUGUUGCAUUUUUUUGCUUGUAUGUACAUUGUGGGAAAA